AUGGCUCGCAAAUUCUUCGUUGGCGGGAACUUCAAGAUGAACGGAACAUCUCAAUCGAUUUCCGACAUUAUCUCCAACCUUAACAGCGCUAAGCUUGACUCCAACACCGAGGUCGUUAUCUCGCCUCCAGCCAUCUACCUUCUCCUCGCCCGCAGCCAGGCAAACGACAAAAUCGAAGUUGCUGCUCAGAACGUCUUUGAUAAGCCAAACGGUGCUUUCACUGGAGAGCUUAGCGUUGAUCAAUUGAAGGACUCCAAGGUCAACUGGACUUUGACCGGACAUAGUGAGAGAAGAGUUAUCCUCAAGGAGGAUGAUGACUUUGUUGCACGCAAGACAAAGGCCGCCGUUGACGGUGGAUUGAACGUUAUUGUCUGCAUUGGAGAGUCUCUCGAGGAACGAGAGGCCAACAAGACUGUCGAAGUUGUCACCCGACAACUGCAAGCCGUUGCUGAUAAAGUCACCGAGCAGCAAUGGGCCAAGAUUGUCAUUGCCUAUGAGCCUAUCUGGGCUAUUGGAACCGGAAAGGUUGCAACCACCGAGCAAGCUCAGGAAGUCCACGCUUCUAUCCGUGAAUGGCUUUCCAAGACUGUUUCCCCUGCUGUCUCUGAGGCCACCCGUGUUAUAUAUGGAGGCAGUGUCAACGAGAAGAACUGCACUGAGCUGGCUAAGCAAAAAGACGUCGACGGAUUCUUGGUUGGAGGUGCUAGCUUGAAGCCUGCCUUUGUCGACAUCAUCAAUGCUCGUCUGUAA